AUGACGGACCAGAGCGGCAUAGGGUGCUCUGGCGUUUUAGUAUAUGCAAUUUUUGCCGCGGCUACAGUCCUUGUUGCCGUGCUCUCCCAUGCAGGGGAUGCUCUUGAAGGACCUGGUGGGGAAUCCUCGCUGCAAGAAAGGGCUUGGGGGCCGUAUGGGCGCGGCUUGGAUGACAACUUAUUCGUCGGCUCGCCAAGAGGAGAAGGUUUUCUCAAGAGUCUCCACGGUGGGAGGCCGCAAAAUGGGAGCAGCAACUACCGACUCCUGGCCCGGCUGGACGGAGAAGAGGCUCCAGCAUUCAAUGAGCUUACAAGGAACGAAGACCAGAUAAAGCAGGAUGCACAGAGCUCAGAUAAUAGGCUUGUGGACAGGCGAAUGGAUGUCGACUCCCAGAAGAAGAGUCCACUGGGAGGGAAGGGGGACACGGGAGGAACUGAUGAAAGCCUCAGUCGAGGUGGAGAGACAGGCACCAGUAUUGAGGGCUUGGCGUCUUCAGACCCUGCCUCUGCGGGUGAAUAUGCGCGCGAAAUAGUAUGGGAUGUGCCCGAUGCGGCGGACGACAAGGCUUUAGGGCUGAGUCCAAGUGAUUCCUCAGGUUCUCCCCUCAUGUUGAAUUCCAUGCUGAGUGCCUUCCAACUAGAUCUGGAAGAAAAGUUGCAUCUGCAUAAGUCAAGGUUCCAUGUAGCGCCAAAAGUUGUGAGUCCCACUGGCUCUUUUGAGCCUCUACACUCCGUCAGUGGGGAUUUGUGCAGCAAAAUUCUGAUUCGCGUCGUGCAGAAGCCCACGCGUAUGCAUAAGGCCUUUUCGCGAGUAAUGGCACGCUUGGGAACUGCCUUUAGGAAGGUGAAAGCUGGAGCACGCAUCAUGCUGGCAAAAAUGGAGAGGCUGUUUGAGAGGUCUAAAGCAGGCCAAGGCUCGGAGUCAAAGGCGAUUCAAUGGGUGAAGAAGAUGGGGACGGUCGCUUGGGAAAAAAUGCGGGCCUUUAUCAAGAAUAUACUUAGCAUUAUCAUUCGAUUUCUUCCCUUGAUUCUCUUUAUUAUGAACCUGGUAUUUUGGGGAAUGUCUAUCGUCUCUUUGGUUGCAGCUGUAAAUCCGAUUAGCGUUAUUGCGGUGAUAUCGACCACCUGCAGUCUUUUAUCAUUCAUCUUCAGCAGCUCCUCACAGACGCUUACGCGGAAAACAACUCGGCUGGCACUCGCAGAAAAAUCCGAGUUUAAUGAUAUGCAGCUGUUUGGCCUAAAGUGGGGAGAGCUCAGAGCAGAACAAUCUCUUGAGGCUCACAAAACAGCUUUGGAUCUAGGCCGCCUGGACGAGAGCCAGGAACAAGAGCCAGGAAGAAAGCAUCAGCCCGAAGGAGUAAAUCGCCAGCGGAGUACACCUGACGUUUCUGAAGGAGAUGCAAGAGAGGCAGAUAAAGGGGGGGGAACAGGAGGACUCAACGUAGUCAAUGACGAAUGGCCUAACUCUCCAGGCAAAGUGGAAGAGGGAGGCACAGGGAAUGCCCCAGCUAUUGAAAAAGCGGGGAAGGCAACCGGCACGCUACCUUCAAUGAAUACAGGCGUUUCAGAUGCCCAGUCUUCUGAAACUUUGGCCCCUGAGGAGCUUUCCAAGGUACGGCGUAUCAUGUUGGAACGCGCAACGAGCGACAGAAUUAAGGCAGCAUUCCAAAAGGCGAAACUUAUAUAUAGGGAAGCCAAGAAAAAAAAGGCAAAUGCUUUAAGAAAGGCAUGGAAUAUCACCAAGGCGAGUGUCCGCCUUGUAGCAGAAUCUCUUCUUUUCGGGCUGGACCGAGUAUUCGCACGGUUUGGAAGAGCAUGGCAAUGGGCAGUGGAAGUUGGCCUAAAGCGGAUUAUUCGGUACUUUAGGAUGCUUAAGCUCUUUGGAAUCAUAGCAGCGUGGUUCGAGAAGAUUGCGGCUUUCGUCAAGUGGUUUGCCGGGCAAGGACGGUUCUAUGUUAAGGUAUUCGACGUGAUGCGGAGCACUGCAAGUUUUCUGCUGGUGAAUCAGGAUAAAAUAGGCGCCCUGGUUAAGGGUACCAUUCAAGUCUCGGCAUCCGCUGUCGACACGACAGUUUUUCUCGCGCUUUUCCUGAGCGCCAUAACAAAGCCCGUGUAUGGGCUCUACUUCGCAUACCAAGGGAUGCUGGAGGAUAAGACAAAAGGGGAAGCUAUGAGGGAAUUUAAACGGAAUCGAAAGGCCUUUGUCAACUUUCUUUUGGGAAGUGCCGCCAUGGAAGGCGACAUAGGGUAA